AUGCGGCAAGCAGCCGGCAACAUCACCGCCACUAACAACAACAAUCACAACAUAAACACAUGUUGCCAGACUGUGGCUGGAGCAAACACCAACGCCAACCGCGCACAAACCACAAUCCGCAGUGGCAGACGCCUACAUAGCCGCCGUGACGACGCACCCGGUCGCUGCCCCCAUCGAGUGGCAGUUCUGGCAUUGGUAGCGUUGGCAGCAGCCUCGUGGGGCGAUGCGAGUCAAAGUCAGUACCACAUUCAAACGGAUGAGGGACCUGAGAGAUACUUCCGCUUUCAGACCGACAACGGACAGUUCCGCAAGGAGAAACGGCUGCAGGACGGCACAGUCAUCGGCACCGAAGCCUGGAUUGAUGCCGCUGGCUUUUUACGGCAGAAGGAUUACAUAGCCGAUAAGGAAGGAUAUCGUAUACUUAAAUCCAAGACUAUCUUUGUGGGUCAGAACAGGGGCAUUGAGGAGGCAAUCAAGUCCACGAAAACAGCGCCAGCUCAAUCUGGCGUUCUGGUUGAUGGCAAUGUGGGUGGUAAUAGCGUAGCUGGUGGCUAUCGGAAACAUGGCUAUGGCUACAGCAGCACUAGCACAACCACCACGACCCCAGCACCAUUGUAUAGCCCACCGAACUUGGCCACGGCAAAUCUGGACUCAGGAGUGGGUAAACUUAACUAUCUGCCGCCCGAGCAGGCAGCCAAGAUACAGCCACAAACGCAACUAGGAUUCGACCACUAUCCGGAUGAGCUGCCGAGAGCUCGCGAUCAAUUGUUGGGCGGAAACGUGCACAUUCAGCCCAACGCAGAGCCGCUCGAUGACAUUAAUGCAAUCAACGUGUACGACGAGGAAGCUGAUCAUGGCUUUGCACCGGGUCGCUUCGCUGCUGUGAUUGGCUCAACGACGCCGCGUCCACCUCUGCUUGUGCCAGAGCUGUCCAUGUUGCCACCUCUGAGCUCUCAGCACAGAAGAGCUCGUCCACGCCCAACGGCCAUUGGCAUCGUGUCCACGACUCCUGCGCCCAUUGCGCAGCAGGAUCAAUUUGUUUAUUCAACACCCGCACCUUUCGCUGCGCCGCCUUCCGUUGCUGAUGCCGGCUAUCAUUACGCGCCCACAGCCACAGCCCCACACAAUCCAUAUGGCUUGUACACAUCUAAUUUGCCUUUGGAUGUGAACGCAUUGGAUUCGGCUUUGUUGCCCCCAUUGCCGAAUCGGGCGUACCGACGCCGACUGCGUCCGCUGCACAGCAACAAUCUGGAUGCCACGGACUAUGAUGGUGUCAGCGUAACACGCAACGGAUUCCGCUACGUGCUGCCCAAGCAGUAUCACGAGGAAGCCCAGGUCGAUGGCAAGCAGGCGGGCAGCUUUGGCUAUGUGGAUCCGUUCGGCAUACGCCGUGUCGUCUACUACAAUGCAUCGCCCGGACGCGGCUUCGUGCAUCGUAAUAACAAUCAGUAUGUGGGUGCGAAUGGAGCGCCCUACGACGAUCCCGGCCCAUCGCAGCUGGUGAAUGAGUAAAAACGUUACAAGUAUCCUUGUCAUAGCAGUUAAUCAAUACCAAUCCGCAAACUGCCCCCUUCCCCCACAAAGCACCAAAACUAACCGAACAGCCUCAAGUUUAGGAACAGGAAGUCGUGCCUCCUCUGAAUGGUACUCACUAAAUGAAAGCAUUUUCAAAUAUUUUACAAACUUUAGAGUGAAUACCCAUCACUUGUUAAUCUGUAUAUAACCACGCUUUAACACUGCUCUCAAACACACGAACCACAUAACAAACAAAACGAAUAUCUGUGUUAAUUAAUUUAAUACUUAUAUAUUUAACUUAAUUUAUGAAUAAUCCAAUGUGCAAUUCGCGCCUAGAUUUAGUUAGACUAAACCUUCAUUAGGGGCACUCGCUGUCGGUGCAGUAAGUGAAAAUAGUUUCAUGUAUUAAUCUUGCCAUAUUAACAACACGUAAAUAAACACAAAACAAGCUAAGCACAGCAACACCCACACACACACACACACACAC